AUGAGGCUGUCACUGCUGUUGCUGCUGGGGGCCUGGGCCAUCCCAGGGGGCCUUGGGGAAAGGGCUACAUUCACGGCCACUGCGCCACAUCUGGACGAUGAGGAGAAGUACUCGGCUCAUAUGCCUACUCACCUGCGCUGUGAUGCCUGCAGGGCUGUGGCCUACCAAAUGUGGCAACAUUUAGCAGAAGCCGAGGCCAAACUUCAUACCCCAGAGUCCGGGGGGCGGCGAGAGCUGAGUGAAUCCAUGUAUACAGAUGUGUUGGACCGCAGCUGCUCCCAGAGCUGGCAGGGCUAUGGGGUCCAAGAAGUGAACCAGGUAAAACACCUCACUGGUCCGGGACUCAACAAGGGACCAGAGUCAAGCAUCAGUGUGAUGGUCACAGGGGGCCCCUGGCCCAUCAGGCUCUCCCAGACCUGUCUACACUACCUGGGAGAGUUUGGAGAAGACCAGAUCUAUGAAGCUCACCAACAAGACCGAGAGGCUCUGGAGGCACUGCUGUGUGGGGGCCCACGGGGGCCCUGCUUGGAGGAGGCACCAGUCACAAGGGAAGAGCUCUAG